AAAAGUUACAAAAAAAAAUGUUUUCAAGCCUACCCAGCCCAUCAUCCUCUUUCCUUCCCUUACCCACCGCCCAGCCCUCUAACCUCAGCAGACAGCGGCUACUUCCUCUUGUGCUUCACUUCUUCGAAAUCACUGCUUGUAUUGUAUCUUCUUCACAACUUCAUGUUGUUUUUCCUUUUUCUUCAUCCCCUUUACGCCCCUUAUCCAUUUCUUCUUCUUCUUCUUCUUCUUCUAAUCUUCUUCAUCGGCCUAACCCAGGUGUAGGUGGGUGUCAAUAAUUUUGUUAUUGGAAAAGAAUAAGCUAGAAGCAUGGAAGAUGACCCUCGUAAAACGUCAGUCAAUCCAUUGUUUGCCGACCAGCUUUUUCUACUGAACUUCAUAAUGGGAAAUUAUUUGGGUCCUGAUGUCACGUUUGAUAACCUUGAAUAUUCAGCAUUUCAAAGGAUAGCUGAAGGUUCACCUCCGUAUAUGCCAAGUUAUUUGGGACCUUCAUAUGUUAGUGUGUCUCUUUUGGAGGGUUUAUAUUACUAUCUCUUGAGAAAUGUUCACCCUAGCCUCAUUUUGAGACCAGAAAUGUUGCAUAAGUAUUUGAAGGGCAGCCUACCUUUGCCAAGUUCAGGGCUGACGAAAGACAGUUGGCAGUUCACAAAUUUUUUCCCUUUGGAUCUUCAUGAACAGAUAUGGUACCCAGAAAGCUUCAGAAUUGUUAAGGGGAUUCUUUUUAUUGAUGAUCCUGUCACAUCAUUUAUGAAAGAGGACGAUCUGGAAAAGUUCAAAUCUUUAUCUGGUAUAAAUAACAUGAAAAUUGAUAUAGAUGAAGCCAUACGAUAUCAACACAAGUACCUGGAUAAUGGGGAAAGUAAGACGAAUUGCUUGAAUGAUGAUUGCAAUUUCACAAAGACAGAAUUUUUUUCCAAUGAAAAUGGAAAUUGGUCGGAAAGAUUUCAGCAAAAAUAUAAGAGAAGGUGCUUCUCUCAUUCUCCAUCAAAGCCAGCAUUUCCCCAAGUUGUUACUACAAAGCAUUUAAGCAAAUAUGGAGCUUCAUGGAUGACCUGCAAACCAGAUGGACCUGUGUUCAUGCCCCUUAUCUCUGUUCCUAAUUUGGAAGACUGUACUUCAGAUUCUUCUGUUGUUUUGUCUGGGACUGCCAGGAAAGGGGUAGUUGGGCCACCUGUUGGUGUUGUGGACAUUGGUGUUAGCAAGGCUGCAUAUUACUUCCGGGUUGCUCUACCAGGGGUCAGGAAGGAUUUUUGUCAAUUCAAUUGUGAGAUUGAAUCUAAUGGCAAGAUUCAUCUCCAAGGCGUCACAAGUGGUGGAAAUCCCAUAAGGAAACGUUCGCGUGUAUUCCAAAUGAAAUUGCAGCAAUUAUGCCCACCCGGACCAUUCACGCUCUCGUUCAGCCUUCCAGGACCUGUUGAUCCAAGGCUCUUUGCACCUAAUUUUGGACCUGAUGGCAUUUUUGAAGGAGUUAUCAUAAAAGACGAGUGAUAUCUGUUGCUGAGUUACAUUCUUGAUGUAGCAAGGGUCAACAAAGGGGUAGGAUUUUCUGACUAGUUCAGUCACUAACAUCGUAGUCUGCUAGCAGCAAUGUUGUAAAUGUUGUAGAAAGAGUAUUGGUAGGAUAUAGGUGAAGCGAGUGUGCUAUUCAAUCCUUUCCCUCACACAUUUUCAGGCAUGUGCAUGCACAUUGCACAUACAUCAACAUAAGGUAUGAAAUGUACAAUUUGGCGGGACACUUCAUGCUUCUACGUAUUUGGUGGGUCUAAUUACUUGAAAAACA